UCAGCGGCGAGCGAGUCGCGGCGGGCUGCAGCCGGGCCGGGGGGGCUCUCCCGAUGCGCCGCCGGCAGCGGCGGUGAGCGACGGGCCGGGCAUGGCGAAGAGGGCGGCGGGGGACGCCGCGGCCCCCCAGGCGGAGGAUUUCUCCUUCGUCAGCCCGCUGGUCAAAUACCUGCUGUUCUUCUUCAACAUGGUCUUCUGGAUGAUUUCCAUGGUGAUGGUGGCUGUUGGAAUCUACGCCCGGCUGAUGAAGCAUGCAGAGGCGGCCAUGGCGUGCCUUGCCGUGGACCCGGCCAUCCUUCUCAUUGUGGUGGGCGUCUUGAUGUUCUUCAUUACUUUCUGUGGUUGCAUCGGCUCUUUGCGUGAGAAUAUAUGCCUGCUGCAGACGUUCUCGGUCUGCCUGACGGUCAUCUUCCUGCUGCAACUGGUGGCUGGCGUCCUGGGCUUCGUCUUCUCCGACAAGGCACGUGGGAAAGUGAGUGAGAUCGUCAACAACGCCAUUGUCCAUUACCGGGACGACCUGGACCUCCAGAACUUGAUCGACUUCGGCCAGAAGGAGUUCAGCUGCUGUGGGGGCGUCUCCUACAAAGACUGGUCCCAAAACAUGUACUUCAACUGCACGGCCCACAACCCCAGCCGGGAGCGCUGCUCGGUGCCUUAUUCCUGUUGCCUCCAAGCAGAAGACCAGUCGGUCAUCAACACCAUGUGUGGUCAAGGCAUGCAGGCCCUCAACUACCUGGAGGCCGGCGAGUUCAUCUACACCAACGGCUGCAUUGACAAGCUGGUGAACUGGAUCCACAGCAACCUCUUCCUGCUUGGCGGGGUAGCCCUCGGCUUGGCCAUUCCCCAGCUGAUUGGAAUCCUGCUGUCCCAAGUUCUCGUCAACCAGAUUAGAGACCAGAUAAAGCUCCAGUUCUACAACCAGCAGCAUCGAGCCGAUCCCUGGUACUAACUGGACUUCCCCCACCAAGAGCGUCUUGAGUGGUGGGGGACAAAGGCUUUCCAGAGCGCUUGGCCCUGCGGGCGCCGGAGGCCCCACUUUAUACCCUAAGAGCAGAAGAGACCCUCUCCCUGCUGGGAGAGAACCGACAAGCUCCUCCUCUUCCUUCGAAAUCAAGAUUUUUUUUUUAAAAAAAGGGAAUAAUGAAAAUAAGGGGAGCUCACCUGCCAGCCUCCAGCAUACUGCUCAUCGUUGCCGUCUGUGAGUCGCUGUUUUUAAUGCCAGAAUUUUUACGCAGUGCUGGUUGGGCUGGUUGCACGCUGCAGAAGUGCUGCUGCUUCCGGGGUUACUUGCUAGGGUUGAGGAGGGAGGGCAGCCUCCCGGUUGCACGGACCCUUUCCCACGAUGCUGGAGGGAGGAGCUGUAAAACUCUGUCUCUCUCCUGUCUAAGGUCACACUGACACAGGUUGUCUUGGGAAUGUGUGUUUUGCUGGAGAGCCGGAAUGUGGCUGGAGAGAAGAGCAGGUACAGCGAACGGCAGCAUCUCAGGGGACUGGACCGGAGCCCCUAGAGUAUACUUUGGGUCCCUGUUCCAAUCUAGUUUCAAGGCGCUUGUCGCGAGCCGUCCUCUUGGCUGACAUCUGUUCCCAUAAUUCUAAAAGGUGAGGGUCACCCUACGAAACUGGCCGCUGAAUCAAGGCUGACAAAAGCCGGUGCUGUUUCACCCAACAGGUGGAGGGUUUGUGGAACUCACUGCCACAAGGUGUCACGAGAACCGCUGGCUUAAAUGGAUUGGAGUUUGGGCACAGUGAUGGAGGAGAGGGCUAUCUGUUAUUAACCACAAUAGCCGAAUGGGAGCUCUGGUUUCGGCCUGUGAUUGUGAAAUGCUGCGAGAGGGCAGUGGCCAGCAGGCCCUGUGUACCGGCCUCCCCUGUGGAGUCUGGACAGUGUUAGGAACGAGUUGUCUGGCUGAUCCAACAGGGCUACUCUUACAUUCUAACCCAAGCAGUUAGUUCAAAACCUCAGCCUCACCCUAGGUUCAAUCUGACCUUCGUUAACCCAUAAAGGGUAGUGGUGGUCUGGGCAGAGGGGAGAAUGCCAACAGCUGGCCACAGAAGCCCUGCCCCUACCCCAGUCCCCAAACAGGGUCCUUUGUGAGGAGAGGGGAAACAUUGGUGCUCUUGGGGGAGGGAGGAAUCCAGCAAGCAUUUGCUGGAGUUUCUUCUACAGCAGUCUCCCCCACAGGGAGCAGCCUUCAGUACCAUGCUUUAGUGGAACCUUCCUGUUCAGAGGCAGUGUAUCUGCACUGGCCAGUUGCUAGGGAUAAACAGGGAAAGGACUUGUGGGCUUCCCAGGGGAUACGGCUACAAGCAGGGGGCAGGUUGGCUUCUGAGCGGGUCUGACCCAGUGGGGCUGCUCUCCUGGCAGAAGGUUCAUCCGCUUUGCUGCCAUAUGCCAGUAAAUGCCCACGGGCAUGCCACUACCUGUUUCUCUCCCAGCCGGGGCUCUGCCUGAGUCUUGGUCAGCUUUCCACCCCCUUUCUGUGCAGCGUGGGGGUCUCUGGCUGGGGCCGCGCUCCAUCCCAGGGAAGGAGGCCGGACACAUACUGACCCAGCGGAGGGUCUCAAGGCAGAAGAGGAGUGUUGCAUUUCCAAAGCAGCAAAAUUGGGGUCCGGGCACUGGCUGACCACAGUUGAGAGCACCGUGGGAAACUUUGUGGACUGUGUAGCCUGGCUGGAACAGGGUGCUGUGGCCAGGGGCAUGGAAUGGGCAACAACACCCGUGUAACGUAU